AUGGAAGGCUUUUCAUCUAUGCUUAGAAAAGGCGAGAUGGAUGGCAGGUUGUCGGGCGGAAGGGUGUGUAGAGGAGGUCCGACCAUAAAUCACCUUUUCUUCACGGAUGAUAGCAUUCUCUUUGAUAAGGCUAAUGUCCGAGAGAUUAGGUACAUUAAAGAUUUUAUCAAUAAGUUUGAAAGGGCGUCGGUUCAAAUGGUUAACUUUGAUAAGUUUGGGAUGUUUUUUAGCUCGGGUACUAAUAGGAAUAAUCGUGUUGCUAUCGGUAAUACUCCGGAGGUGCGAGAAGUAAGGUACUUUCAGAUGUAUCUGGGAAUGCCUACAAUGGUUGGGAGAUCUAGAAAGCCUAUUUUUGCCUUUCUCUGGGAUAGGAUUCAUAAGCGGAUGGAUGGGUGGAAGGAGAAUUAUUUAUCUAAGACAGGGCGAGAAGUUUUAAUUAAGUCGAUUGUUCAAGCUAUUCCUACCUACAUUAUGAGCUGCUUCGCGUUGCCCAUUUCUUUUUUUAAUGACUUGCAGAGCUCAAUGGCGAGAUUUUACUGGAGUAGUGUAGAGGAUAAACGAAAGAUUCUGUGGAUCACCAAGCAAGUAUGGCGGUUGCAUCAAUUCCCAGAUUCUUUGUGUGGGAAAGUUUUUCAAGCUAAGUGUUAUCCUAACGCUGAUGUUUUUAAUACCCCUGGUAAUGGGCAGUCGGUUCUUGCUAAGAACGAUAACUGGAUAUCCAACUCCUGCUAUAUGAAACCGGUUGGGGCAGUUAACCUAUCGACGGAUUGUUAUGUGAGUUUUUUCAUCGAUGCUGAAAAUGGUAGAUGGGAUGUGGAUGGGGGUAUGUUUACUGUUAAAUCAGCUUAUUAUGUUGCUGUUAAUAUGAAUAGAGGAGAGAUUGUUGGUCCUUCUAAUGCAAAUAGUAAUUCAGGUUUAUGGAAUAAUAUUUGGAGUUUGUCUAUUCCUUCAAAGAUCAAACAUUUUCUAUGGCGUAUUGGUCACAACACGCUAGCCUGUAAUGCGAAUUUAUUGAAGAAGAGAGUUCCAGUAUCAGGCUGUUGUGCAAGAUGUCUCACUGAAGAGGAAACUCUUGUCCACUGCAUAAAAAUUGUGAUGUGGUUAGGGGAAUGUGGCUUGUUUCUCCACUGA